AACGUGUUAUCUUCCGCAACGAUAACACUAACAAGUUUUUCAAUAAUUUCGAAUGAUGUAUUUUGGUCAGCUAAGGCAUAACCUGAAAAUUAAACUUUUGAUACUACAAAAUGUAUUUGUAAUUUUUUUUCAAGGUUGUGAGUCACCCUAACUACUGCGUGUGUUCCACAGCGAGGGACAGCCAUGGUGCGGCCGGGGAGAAGGAAGAGCGAGGACCGGGCAGGCCGCAACAUCUUCGCGGAGGGGUCGAGUGGCCAGGGCGACUCGGACACGGGCUUCGCGGCCGAGGCGGCGCGCGCGCAGAGCCGCACCGCGAGCAUGCCGCUGCUGUCGCAGUCGGACGUGGGCCGCCAGCUGGUGGAGAACUACGCCAGCGAGACGGGCAUCGACCACAGGCGGUCGUCCGCCACCCUCGACCUGGACACGGUGGUGCGGGCCGCCGCCAUCAACGCGGGUGGCCAGCGCCACGACGACGUCACCUGCCUCUACAGGAAGCCCGAGGAGGAGAGCCCGCGCAGCGCGGCCGACUGUGGCGCCGGGAACCCGCAGCUGUGCGCUUACGACGAGUUCGCGUUCCAACCCCUGGUGGACUCCAUCAUCAGGGACCAGGCGGGCAACGAGCCUCGCCUGAGGACCCUCGCUCACAACGCGGCGAACAAGUGGCUGUUCUCUCCGCACAAGCCUAGCGCUUCUCAGAUGUCGUAUGAAUGGGGCCAGGACGAACGGAAGAGCAUCCUAAGACCUGAAAAUAGUUUUCCUUCUUCACACAACUUGGAUGCUUACGGUGGAUUUGAGACUACUGAACUGCUGCACAAGAGCGCUUCGAGCAUGUGGCUUGAAAGCACAUCGUCUGAGAAAAGCUCUACUCCGAGAAACCAUGAUUUGGCGCCACGAACGUCUGUUGAAUCUGUUAAGCAAGAAAUGGAUGACAGUGACUGCUCAGAUUGUACAUCAACCACCGUGGUCGUGAAAGACAAAGGAGCAAAAUAUCCAAUACUGAGAUCUGAAGAUAUGAGCAACUACAAUCAAUUUCUCUCAAAUUUUGAAGUCCCUAAUGCAAAAGCUACAACAGAGGAGUGCACAACCUCUGUUUCAGCAACCUCUCUUGAAUCAGACGUUCUUAGAGAGAUCUAUGAAAGAAACAGGAGCGCCACGUCAGAGUUAUGUGAAGAAAAUUUCGGAGAAGGUAACUACAAUGCCCAGAUUUUGGGACAAAUUAAAAUAAGAAAAAAUACAAACAUAUCUGGUAACUUGACUCUCCAACAGAGAACUGAAAGGAUGACCAACUUUGUAAUUCAAAAGUUACAGGACAAAGGCCCUGGAAUGACUGAUAUAGCUAACAAGAACAUUAAAUAUGAAACAAUCCCGAAUAAGAACAAAAAACCAAUUACAACAGAAAACGUUUACAAAUGUGGAAAAAAUAGUAUAGAUAGCUGUGUGUCUCCACAAAAAGAAAACCAUUUAGUAACAACUGAGAGGAAACAUGUUCGAUUACAUUCAGAUACAUCAGAGAAGAGUGAUGAAUAUAUAAACUACACAAAUAAAAAUUUUCUUAAUACUACUGAGUAUAAUUUUUAUGAUUGCAAUAACCAUGGAUCUAAAAAAAUGCAACAUUGCAUUUUUUUAAGCUCGUCUGAGUCAGGUAUAAAUAUCACACAAAAUUACAAUCUGAAACAUUAUUUUCCAACAGAUACCCUAAAACCCGCAACUUCUCGUAGUGACACAACAAUUUCCUAUGGAUCAAAAAUAGACAGAAUGUCAGACCGAUUGACUGGAGAAGCAAAGAACGUAUCAAGGUUGGAGGCUGAAAAGCCUCUAACUGAAGAUAAUUCUUUAUGCAAUUAUGAAUACACCAAUUUAGAGCGCUCACUGGCCUCGAACAUAAAAAAGUAUGAAAUUCAGUCAUAUUUAACAAGUUCCAGCAGUGAAACUUCAAUAAGUUCAAUGGAGUCUUUAGUUUUACAAGAAGCUGCUACACGCAUUGAUCCAUCUACUGAAGAACUUAAUUGCAGUAAACCUGUACCAAAAAAACCUGAAUUGCAUAAAAAAGAAAACUUUACUAUCACUCAAAAAGAUUCAAAAGAUAUAAAAAUCAGACACAGUAAACAUAAAAAUGAUUUGAGCACUUUUGGCAGAAAACACAUUAUCACAAUUGCUGCUGAUGAUUCUGAUAGCUCUAUUGAUUCUGCAAUACUCAAAAAAGCUGCAUAUUUGGGCACUGAUAAUAAAGCAUCUAACUGCACCUUAAAGAAUAGCGAGUUUGGUUCUGAGGACAAACAUGAGAACCCUAACUUGUAUCUUGCAAAUAAGACACAGCAUAAAACUAGAAAAAAUUUGCUGCAAGAAGUACAAGAAAUAAAAUCCACUAGAUCAAGACUGCCCAGAAAGAAAAAAUUAUCUCAUCAGGAUCAAGCAAAGUGUGAAGCAUUAUCUGACAGCAGUUGUGUAUGUGAUAGAAAACUGGGUAAUAAACUUGAACAAACAGCUGACAGUAGCGAAAUUGACGGUUCUGACGAUCUGAGUACCAUGUAUGGAUUGUACUCUUCCUUAGAACUGGGAAGAAACAAGUCUGAUUGUUUAAUUCAAAUAAAGAGAGGUCAUAGCUUACGUGUUCCAAAAACAGAUGUUUUGAUUUAUUCAAAUCACAAUGUUAAUCAAAAUAAAACUGAAAGACAUAGGCAUGAAGGAGUUGAUCAUAAAAGUAAAGUGUCCAGCACUAGGAAAGUUGAGAUAUCAGAUGAAGCAAUUGAUUCACCAAAAGAAAAACUGCCAAGAAAAAAACAGAAAGGAAAAAACUCUAAGCAACGUGGCUUGAAUAUUACUGAAAAUAAAAAAACUGGACACAAUGCACGACAAAAGGUAAAAGAUUCUGUUAUUAAAAUAAAAGCAGCACACAGCCCAAGCAUAUCCAAAAGUGAUGUACUAUUGCCACCAAAUAAAAACAUGCUUCUGGACAUACAUGGUCCACAAACAUACUACAAUGAAGGCGACAAAAAAAGCACCUCUGGAUCAAGCAGUACUUCAGAGAGCUCUAUAGACUCUGACAUACUCAAAGCGGCAGCAGGCCAUUUGUCUCCUGAUCAGGAAAUAAUAAUUGGGGAUGAAAAAAUAAAUAAACAAUGUAAUCCAAAGCAUUUACAGGACAAAACCCAAGACUCAAUCAUGUGCAAAGAAUCAGCAGUUCAACAGUCCCCAGUUGAACGGAAAACACCAGAAACCAAGAAAGUGGACAAAAAAUAUUCUGUCACUAACAAUGUGGAAAAGACUGAGCCUACUCUGCGCCCACAAGUUGCAACCAAAACUAAAACAACUGAAAUAGAGAUAAAGAAGAAGACAAACUUUCAACUAAGAAAGAGCAUAUCCCACACUUCAAUUCUGAACCAAACAGAAGCAAUGUCCGGGCCACAAUUCACAACCCAAUCACCGCAAAAAAUUCUUCAGUCAAAUCUAGUUCGUAAAGAAAUGGCAAAUAUAGCAUACAAACAGAGACCUAAAAGUAUAUCUGGGAAUUCAUUAGAUUCAGAGAUACUGAAAAAUGCAGCUAUCUGGACAAUGGACGAGCCAGAAACAUUUGAUGCAGGCGCAAACCCUAGUUUGCAUCAUUCUGCAGAAAAUUUGAAUGAUAUAAAGAGACGCCACUCAGAUUACACUUUGGAGAGAAUGAGCGGUAAAAGCUCAAGGGUGUGUGUACCACUAGUUCCAGUAUAUCAUGUCCAAAGCGUCGAGCCUCAAAAUAAACCUGUCUUUCAUGCCUAUAGCUACAUGGCUGAAAACGACAUAUACAAGACGGGUCUUAGCAGCAAAGAAAUAACUGAAUGGCUGGACAGGACAAAGAUUUUUCAUGUUAACGACACUCUGAAAUCUAAUGUAGAACACCCGAAAUUUGCUGUAGAACACCUGGUAUCAGACACAGAAUUUCAAAAUGCUGUGAACAUCAUCUACAGGAAGAUCAUUGGUCAAGGGCCUAUAGCACCAGACUUCGCCAGACGCCUGUCAGAGGCAGUAAAGCAAAUGGCUAGUUCUCCAACGCCAAAGCGACCAUCCUCCAGAACAAGCCUUCUGGACAAGGAAAAUUUACAUAUAAUGAACGAUAGCAGGGCCCAAGGAGACGAGUCCUUCUCAGUCCACGAAGAGAAAAUGAGGCUAACGAUGCAAGCGAACUCGCAACCCGCACCAGGCCCUGCGGCAACAGGCACUAACAACUUGCAGCAGCUACAGGCAAAAGGUGGUCUUAAGAAGAGCUGGAAUAAAGAACAUAAGGCUGCUUUGCUGCUCAUCUGUGCAACUAUAGCUGUUGCUGCAGCAUUAUAUACGACUUGGUUUAAGUGAUACAAAAGAAUAAAUUUAAACUUGUGUUGUGUCCUUCCUUAUACCAGAAGUUUGUUAAAAUAAGGUAAAAACUGUUAAAUUGUUCCUUUAUAAAUUUAUAUUUUAAAAUAAAAUGUAAAAAUCACUCAUAA